UACAGUGAGGGUGGGAGACUCCAGGCGGAAAUUCGAGUAUACGAUGCGUUCUGCUUCCAGCAGUUAUAUUUAAGACUGGUCUGCACCUGAGGCUUCUUGUUGUUGGAUCGACUCGUGUCGAAUAUUCAGAUUUUGUAAGUGAGAGUGCAUUCGCUGGGGAUGCUGGGUAAUCUUAUGCAAAUCGUCAUGACAUCACAGAGAUGACAAGGUUAAAUGAAUUUUGAGUUAAAAACACUGAAAAAAGCGAUCAGUGGAAAGACAGGAAAAGCCAGAGUGAAAGGACAAGUGGCUACGUACUGACUACGUGGGCAAGGGUCACAGCAAGCAUUCGUGCAAUGUCGGACGUCAGCCUGGCAAAAAACAAUAGAGAAUACAACACCAAUCAGCUGAGAAAACUAAGAUACAACCAAAAGAAGGUUUCUUUCUCUCUAGAACAAAGAUGAAUUGUAGGUGGACUCUCAGGGCAGCGAAAGGCCGCUGGAUGGUGAACAUCAGCCAGCAGUGCUCACAUGGAUCCAUUGGGUUAUUUGUGCCACCAAGUCCACCUCUAGACCCUGAGAAGAUCAGAGAGUUACAGCGCUUCAUCACCCUGUCCAAGAGACUCCUAGUGAUGACUGGGGCAGGAAUCUCCACUGAGUCAGGGAUCCCAGACUACAGGUCAGAAAAGGUGGGACUCUAUGCCCGCACUGACCGGAAACCCAUCCAGCAUGGGGAUUUUCUACGGAGUGCUCCAGUCCGCCAGCGGUACUGGGCGAGAAACUUUGUCGGCUGGCCUCGGUUCUCCUCCCUCCAGCCUAACCCUGCACAUUGGGCCUUGAGCAACUGGGAGAGACUCGGAAAGCUGUACUGGUUGGUGACCCAAAAUGUGGAUGCCUUGCACACUAAAGCAGGGAGUCAGCGCCUGACAGAACUCCACGGAUGCAUGCACAGGGUCCUUUGCUUGAACUGUGGUGAACAGAUUCCCCGGGAGGUGUUACAAGAGCGUUUUGAAGCUCUGAACCCCACCUGGAGUGCCGAGGCCCAUGGCCUGGCUCCUGACGGCGACGUCUUUCUCACAGAGGAGCAGGUACGGAGCUUUCGGGUCCCGUCCUGCCGAUGUGGAGGCCCCCUGAAACCAGAUGUCGUUUUCUUCGGGGACACAGUGAACCCUGACAAGGUUGACUUUGUGCACAGGCGUGUAAAAGAAGCUGACUCCCUCUUGGUAGUGGGAUCAUCCUUACAGGUUUACUCUGGUUACAGGUUCAUCCUCACUGCCCGAGAGAAGAAGCUCCCAAUUGCAAUACUUAACAUUGGGCCCACACGGUCAGAUGACUUGGCGUGCCUGAAACUGGAUUCUCGCUGCGGAGAACUGCUGCCUCUAAUAGACCCCUGCUGACCACAGUCUGAUGCUCCUGAGUCAGAAACUGGGACUUUCACUUGAAUCCUACUCUUAAAGAUCCUUGAGGAUUCCUCCCUCCUUCCUCCAACUAACCAAAGCUCGCUGAGUGCAGCCUGUAGAGGGCAGCAAACCAGCAUCUUUCUCCCAGCCUGCCUAUGAACUGGACAAGUUUCAGUCAGGCUGAUGAAAUUUGCCCCUGAAGAAAGACUUUUUCAAAGCAGCAGCUUCUAUUGAUAGGUAAACUGUUUUCAAUUCCUUUUUAUCUCACCAGGCAGAAGAAAUGGCCUGGGGAAAUACUUAGGCCAGAAUGGUCUCUGGAGCACUAAGCAGGAAUCUCACUAAUGUGGGGCUUGAGGGGAGAAGAAAAGGACUUAAUUUAGAAUUCCAAAUGGUUAAAUGUCUUUAACUGAAACAUUCUGGUAUAUUUUUUAUAAAAGAUGAGCAAUGGUAUGAAUGAAUUUUUUAUUAACUAAGGAAUAAAGAAAUCAUUUGCACACCAGG